AUGCCCGACGAGCAGGACAAGCUUCCCAGCGAGCUGCAGCUGGCCACCGACGCCCACGUCAAGUACAUCCAGAGUCUCAACUCGCGCCAAGAUGAGUACGAGUACUGGCUGACGGAGCAUCUGCGUCUUAACGGCCUGUACUGGGGCUUGGCAUCUCUGUUUUUCAUGAAGAGACCAGACGCCCUCCCUCGCGAAGAGACAAUUGCCUUUGUGCUGUCGUGCCAGUGCGAGAACGGUGGCUUCGCGGCAGCGCCGGGCCAUGAUGCACAUAUGCUCUAUACCGUGAGCGCUGUCCAGAUUCUGGCCAUGAUCAAUGCCCUGGACGAGCUUGACAACCGGGGACGCGGCCGAGAGGCCGUGGCACAGUUCAUUGCCAAUCUCCAGAACCGCUCCACGGGGACAUUCCAAGGCGACGAAUGGGGCGAAGAGGACACCCGGUUCCUCUAUGGUGCCCUGAAUGCUCUGUCGCUGCUUGGUCGCCUGUCGCUUGUCGACGUCGACAAGGCUGUUGCAUACGUCGCCGCCUGCGCCAACUUUGACGGCGGCUACGGCGUGCGCCCCGGCGCCGAGUCCCACGCCGGCCAGGUCUUUACGUGCUUGGCGGCACUGUCUGUCGCCGGCCGCCUCGACCUUGCUGAUGCCGACAAGGUUGGCCGUUGGCUGAGCGAGCGUCAAGUUCCCAAUGGUGGACUCAACGGACGACCCGAGAAGAAGGAGGACGUCUGCUACAGCUGGUGGGUGCUGAGCAGUCUGGCCCUGGUCAAGCGUCUGCACUGGGUUGAUCGCGACUCGCUGAUUGCGUUUAUUCUGAGCUGCCAAGAUCCAGAAAAUGGCGGGUUCGCCGACCGCCCGGGAAACAUGGUCGAUGUGUGGCACACCGUCUAUGCAUUGGCAGGAUUGUGUCUGCUUGAUUAUCCGGGGCUGGAACCCGUGCACGCAGGAUAUUGUAUGCCCAAGGCGACGAUUGCAAAUGUUCUUGGAGGCGGUGCCGCACCACCGUUAUGA